CUUUGGUCUCUCGCUGGACGGGUGCCAAUCUUGAGCCAACGCGGAGCCGAACGUGUGUUUUUUUCAGUGUUGCGCGCUGCCUUAAUCGCGCAGGCCGCUUGUUGAGAGCUCUGAGCUCGGCUAUCACUCGGCCAUGGUGCCUGCCGAGAUUUUUACUGCCGCGGAGCGAUGCGCUGGCGACGAUGAGUUUUUGCAACAGAUACGGACCUGGUUGGACAGCGGAGGAGACGUCAACGAUUCUGGGGGCAACAGUUGGCACCGACAAGAUUUAUGUCUCCUGAGCCGAAGCAAUCACCCGCAUCUCACCAAGUUUCUGUUAGAGCGCGGUGCUGACGUGAAUUGUGUCAAUGAGAGCGGGAUGACCCCAUUGUACUAUAGUUGCGGGAUCCCAAAUCGUGGGGGAACUGAUAUAAUUAACAUGCUGCUGGAUGCCGGCGCCAACAUAGAUGCCAAGACAACGGAAGCGGUUGGGGCCGUUGCGAUAGCGGGGGAGACGGCGUUAAGCACUUCAUUGGACUGGUUCCGGCACGAAGAUGGAAAAACUGCCCUGAGAUACGUAACUCUCUUAUUGCGUCGCGGCGCCUCACUCGACGACUGCUGGGGCGGGCUGCCGGCCGAGGAGUGCCUCCGGCACAUCGAGGAUCCGGAGGCGUUUAAUGAGUCCAUCAACGAUAUAUACGACCAGAUGGAUCCAUCAAUGGCAACCAACGAAGAUUUCAUAGCUUGCAAGAAACUGAUCGCCGACGAGCGCCGCCGCAGAUUCGUGGCGAAGCGGAAGGAGGUCCUACGGCUGCGGUCGCUCCUGGUCCGCGGGCGCGCCAAAAAGUCGUCUGACGCCAUGAUCGAGCCCAGCUUCCGCCUGCCCGACGGCGUCCUCUGGAACGUGCUUUCGUUCUGGCCGCCGCAGCGGCCCAAGACCUUCUGGAGGGCACGGGCCUACGAUGGACCGCGGCCCGGGUGCGUGUUUACAACGCGGGGCGGCCGUACGGGCUACUGGCUAGACGGCGAAGCCACGGUUGUGUCCGGCGACCGGCCAAUGCAUUGGACCAGCAACGCGACCUCGGACGGCGCCUGGACGUGCUUGGACGACGCCUGGAACUGCUUCGUCAACGAGCGGCUGCCCGAGAUGAAGAUAAGCCAGCUCAUGAAGAUGCUCGCGACGCUCAAGCCGCUCGCCAAGGACGCGUACAAAGCCGCUAUGGCUGCGCGUGAAGGCAAGAACGAGGAGGCCGCGCGGCAGGUCGUUCGCGCGCUCUUUGAGCACAUCACCCGCGGCGCGAUCCUCGACGCGUACGCCAAGGCGUACGCGCCGCCCGGGCCGUUGACUGGUGCUCUGGCUCUGGACUACCGCGGCCCCGGGUAUCUGCCCGAAAAUAGACCUAGACCCUAAAACGUGAAUUGUGAAC